AUGGGUCGCCUCGCCUCACUCCUGGCCGCAGGCCUUUUCGCAACGGCAUCCGCUCGUCCAUGGUCUAGGGAUGAAGGGCACAACACCACUGCGACGAACACUACUGCACCAACCAUGGUCAACGAUUUUGCAGAUAUCGAGCCGUCAGAGGAACUGACCUGGGUGCCUUGCUUUGACAACCCCAAAGUGAGCUGCGCAAACUUGCUCGUACCGCUAGAUUAUGCAGAUGAGAGCGCUGGUAUGACGAAUAUUGCAUGGGUUAAAUACAUCUCUGUCGACGAGUCUGCGGAAGACAUAAUAUUCAACCCUGGCGGCCCCGGACAAUCUGGUCUCAGCCAUGUGGCUCUCGGAGCCGAACAACUUCUGGCUAGCUUCGGGUCCCAAUACAACCUCAUCAGCUUCGAGCCGCGGGGUGUGAACAACAGCGGCCCUGCGCUGACCUGCUUCCCUGGAAAAGUAGAGGCACGGGAGGCGUUUAAGCAGAGCGGCAGUAAUACCGUGCCUCUCCAGGAGAUGUACCAACGCAGCAAGGCUCACGGCCAAUACUGCACGAGGGCAAAUGCAAACACUACAGCUAAAUACGGCGGCACUGUCGCCGUCGCGCAGGAUAUCAUGCACUUCGUCGACCUGCGCGCCGCGGAAAAGGGCACCCCAGAUUCCGCUAAACUAUGGUACUACGGCGUGAGCUACGGCACCGCGCUCGGCCAGACACUUGCAGCUCUCUUUCCCGAGCGCAUAGGCCGCAUGGUCCUCGACGGCAACGUAUACGGCGUGCAGCACUACACGGGCGUGCUCCCCUCCGACGUAGACGACUCCGACGCAGCCUUCCAUGACUUCUUCCAAUCAUGCUUCAACGCAGGCCCGGAAAAAUGCACCUUCCACGGCUCCUCCACCUCUGUCGAAGAAAUCGAGAACCGCUAUCUCACGCUCCUGCAGAACCUGCGCGAACUCCCAGCCAUCCAUAACACCGACGACGCCCCAGGUGUCAUCACCGAUGCCCUCGUCUCCAACCAAUUCUUCUCCCAGCUCUAUAACCUCGUAGGCAACGCGGCCAGCUUGGCUGAAACCCUCGCUAUGCUCGAACAGGGCCUCGCGGACGCGGCGUGGGAGACGUACUUUGGCCCUGCGGCAACGGGGCCUGCGCCUUAUGGCUCUGCUGCAGCGGCGUUCGACGACCAGGAGGCUCUCCACCUCAUCACGUGCAUUGAUGCGAAUAAGAAUUUUCCGAUUACCACCUAUGAGGAGUAUCUGGAUGUGAGAGAAGUCUUCCGCAAGGAGAGUUACUACGCGGGUGCAAACUCGGCGGCCACUAAUCUGCUUCUCUGCUUGGGCAUGGACAUCACGCCGCCGCCAUCCCAACAAUUUCCUGGUUUCGACCCUGCCGGUACAACAACAAGCUUUCCUAUUCUCUUUGUAAACUUCCUCCGCGACCCCAUCACGCCGCUCUCCAGCGCCCAAAAAAUGUCCGCCUUCUUCCCUGGCUCUGUCGUCCUCGCGCAGAACUCCACUGGUCAUGGCAUGUCGGCUGCGGAAUCGGAGUGCACGUCUGGCUGGACGCGAGCGUAUAUGGCUGAGGGGACGCUGCCGCCGCCGGGUACAGUGUGUCAGCCGGAUGUGAGGCCUUUUGUCGAUACACCUACCAAGAGGGGGGUCGUCUUGCCAGGGGUCUAUUUUUAA